AUGUGCUCCAUGCAGGGGAUCUCCAGCCCCGGCACCACCAUCAGCCUGAGGGUCUCCUUCGUGGACGUUCACCCGGAAUUGCCGCUGGUGCGGCUGUGGGGCCUGCUGGGCGAGCGCUGGGAGGAGUAUGCCCGGCUGUACCAGGACAUCCAGGCUAGGGCUGGGCCACGCCUGGUCGGCGCCCCGGGAGCCGUCUGGCUGGCGGCGGGGGCCGGACUGUACCCAGGGGACCUGUGUCUGGUGGAACUAGGGGACCGUUGGCACCGCUGCCAGGUCGUGAACUGCCAAGGCCAGCACUGCCGAGUCUUCCUGCUGGAUGAGGGUCACACGGUGGCGGCCGACGCCUACUACUUGGCCUCGGGCAAGGACGAAUUCUUCCACCUGUCCUCUCAGGUGCUGGGCUGCCUGCUGGCCGUCCUGGUGCCGCCGGGAGCCGGGGAGCAGCCAGCCACCAGCUGGUCGGCGGGUGCCCUGGAGUUCCUGAACUACCUGAACACCAAGGAGGUGUCGGGGCUGGUCCAAGAGGUGCUGAUGCCGCAGCGCCUGGUCCUGCUCGAGCUGCCUUGGCUGCUGGCCCAGAUUCACCACCUGGACCUGGCCAAGCAGGUCACUCCCAGCUGUUUCCAAACCCUGCUCAAGCGCUGCCUGGCACCGUCCCGCCAGCCCAAGCUGGAGCUCCCCGGCCCUACUUCGGCUCAGCAAUACCCUGUUGCUACCACUCCCCAAUCCGGCCCAGCCACCCUGGAUUUCUUCUACCCACAGCUGCAGCUGGGGGUGACUGUGCCGGUGCUGGUGACCCAGAUCUCCGACCUGCACCGCGUCUAUUGCCAGCUGCAGAGCCUUUCCCAGGAGAUCCAGCGCCUCUCGGACUCCUUGCACCAGAUCUACGAGAUGGCGGCCAGGCAGGAGCAGAAUCCGCUCCCCAAACCGGUCUCCUCUUGCGCUGCACGCGGCAUAGAUAGGCGCUGGUACCGCGCGCUGUUGCUGGAGAUCUUCCCCGAGGAGCAGAGUCGGCUGGUGGCCCAUGUGAUCUGCGUGGAUUACGGCAGGAAGGAAUUGGUCACCGGGGCUAGCCUCUGCCACCUGCCCUUGGAGUGUUUCCACAUGCCGGUAGUGACCUACCCGUUCGCACUGCAGGGCAUCUCAGAGGGGGGAUGCAGCUGGUCCCGCUCCCAGCUCAGCGGGCUCAAGGCGCUGCUGCUGGGCAAGGCGGUGAGCGCCCGCAUCAAAGCCUACAAUCCCUUUGAGCACCUCUACUAUGUGAACCUGUAUGGGGAGAAUGGCCUUAACCUGAACUGCCUCUAUGGGGUGCAGACCCACUGUCUGGCCCACAGCCUCCUGCAGGGCAGCCAGGGAGUGCAGGAGCGACCGGAAGAGGAGGAUGCCGCCCCUCCUAAGGAGCCGGGGCUGCCGCCGGACACACUCCCUGAAACUGCGGCUCCGAGGGACCCGGCUGCUGCCCAUCUGCCGGGCGUGCGGGUGAAGGUGGGAGUUUUCUUCCAUGCACGGGUGUCCUUCGUCAGAGACCCAUCCGAGUUCUGGUUGCAGCUGAAGGAGAAUGGUGAUAACAGCCGGAUAUUAGGCAGUGUGCUGGGGCUCGGGGUGGAAGUGCACCUGGUGGAUAGAGGCAACAAGGAGAUCUUGAACUGGGAUGAGGUGAAGGAGCUGCUACCUCAGUUCAGGGAGCUGCCUGCUGUAGCUCUGAAGUGCUGUUUAGCAGAUGUCUGUCCCCUGGGAAAGACGUGGAGUAAAGAGGCUGUGGCUCACUUUAAAAGGACAGUGCAGAGCAAAGAGCUGGUGAUCCGGGUGUUGGAUACACAGGGUGACAAGCAUGUGAUUGAAGUUCUUGAUCAGUCUCAAACAGGGGAGAAAAAUAUAAGCAAAAUUUUGUCCCAAGGAGGCUAUGCAAAAUUCCAAGGGGCUGAUAUUCCAGAGACUCUUCAGAAGUUAUCUGCUCAGUCUCUGAGGCAGGAUCCCAAAGAACAUGCUGGCAAGGGGGAGCUAGUGAGUUCAACAGCCAGGAAUAGUGGAGUGCAAACCAAAACAGUAAGAGACAAUAUAGCGCUGAAUCCCUCUAUGCCUUUGACAGUCAAAGACCAGCCUACUGCAGAAAGUUGCCAUUUAUCAAGUUACUCAGCUCCUGAUGAAAAAAAAAUUAAGGGAAACCUAAAUCUGCCCUCCUCUCUAAUACAAUACAACUUGGAAAUAAAAACAGGAUCUCCUUAUGAAGGUCAGCUGGAAGUUGGUAAUACAGUUCAGGUGGUAAUAUCGUAUGCUGAAAGUCCUGGCUACUUUUGGUGUCAGUUGAGUAGAAAUAAUCAAGAACUUAAGUCAUUAAUGGCUGAAAUGCAGAAUUAUUGCAAGAUGUCAGCACAGCCACAUCAUUGGGCAAGUCGAGUGUGUUUAGCUAAGUAUUCAGAGGAUGAGAAAUGGUACAGAGCUUUGAUUAUUAGUGGAGAGUGUUCUACAGAACAGGUAGAAGUAAUCAAUGUUGACUAUGGGAACAAGGAGCUGGUUUCUGUAGAGAAUCUCUGCUCCAUUAAUGCAAACUUUCUGAAAUUAAAGGCUCAGGCUUUCAGAUGCAGCCUUUACAAUGUAAUCCAACCAAAUGGUCAGGAUCCUUUUGUUUGGGAUGAAGAAGCAAUCCUAGCUUUUCAGGAGUUUGUUGAUCACAGAGCAGAUCAUUUGGAACUGAAGUGUACAAUAUUUGCUCUAGUUGCCAUAAACAAUAAAGAGCUGUUUAAUGUUGUGGACUUAAUUACGCCUUUUCAGAGCGUGUGCCAUUUUUUAACAGAGAAAGGAUUGGCCAGACCUGUACCACCUCAAAAACCUCUGGCAUCCUCCGUUCAGCUACACUCUUACUAUUAUUCUCCACAUGACAUCAAAAUUGGAAGUGAAGAAGAGAUUUAUGUAACACAUGUUGAUAAUCCAUGGAAAUUUUACUACCAACUUGCCAGAAGUGCAAAUGUCCUAGAACAGCUCACAGAUAACAUUGGUCUACUAGGAAAAGUACUGCACAGUUUAAAAAUAUCACAAAACCCUGGAAACCUAUAUCUUGCAAGGUAUACUGACAAUCACUGGUACAGAGGAGCAGUUUUGAAAACCAAACCUAAUAAAGAAGUCUUCUUUGUAGAUUUUGGGAAUACACAGGUGGUAAAGAAAGAAGACUUGAUUCAACCCAAUGAUGCAUAUGAUAUCUUGCUUUUGCCAAUGCAAGCCAUAAAAUGUUCACUAUCUGAUAUCUCUAAUGUACCGAAAGAAGCUACCACAUGGUUUGAAACCACUGUCUUGGAUAAGCCUUUAAAGAUGAUAGUGGUAGCAAAAGAAUCUGAUGGAAAACGGAUAGUUGAAAUGUAUGAUGGUAAUAUUCAAAUUAAUCCAAAAAUGAAAGAGGAUUUAAGUUUACCAAGAAAUACAGACUCUAACAAAUAUGUAGAAAAUGAAACUCUACACUCUAAAAACAUUAAUGCCAAAGAAGAGAGGAAUGAAAACCUGAAGUCAUCAGCAACAUACAUGAGAGAGUCUGAGACUAAAACUUGGAGAUUUGAAAUCCAAGGAGAAGAAUGCAAUACCAAGACCAGUUUUGCAUGUAAGGAUGUAAAACACUUCCAACCUGCUGGAGAAAGAGAGUUGUCAACCAAGUUUCUAGGAUCUGUGGAAAGAUUUAACAGUAACAAUGUUUUUCUAUCAGCAAGUACUUCCUUAGUCAGUAAAGAAGUAGGUGAAAAUAAACCUUUAACCUUUAUAAAGAAAGAGAUAAAAUCUGAUACUGUUAAACCUGAUGCUGUUAAAACUAGAAAUCAAGGAGAAAAUAGUAUACUUUUUCCACUUAAAAGCAUAUGUGACUUACCUCCAAGGAACUUAGUGCCUGGUCUGAAAACUUCAGUAUACAUUUCUCAUGUAAAUAACCCUUCCGAUUUUUAUAUUCAAUUAGCAAGUGAUGAGCCUCAACUUUACAAUAUUUCAGAAGGAUUAAACGAUCAAACAGGAACAGAGGGUCUCGGUCAACAACAGGUACAAGUAGGAGACUUAAUUUGUGCAGUUUUUUCAGAAGAUGGCUUAUGGUAUCGAGCUGUAGUAAAAGAGAAACUAUCUGAUGAACAGAUAAGUGUACAAUAUAUAGAUUAUGGCAACAGUUUCUUAGUUAAUAUUUGUGAAACAAGUAGACUGCUUGAAAAAUAUUUGUCAGUUCCAAUGAUGAGUAUUCAAGGGCCGCCUGCCUGGCAGCAGCAUCCACCAGGGCAUUUCCUCGAGUAA